UCGGGAGGAGACUGGUGUGCAGGUCAUCAUCCGGUUGGCGGACUCCUGUGGACCGCGACCGUUGCGUGCGAAUCGAGCCACCCGCCUCGCACCUUAGCAUUACUAUUCGGGGCUGGCAGGGCUGGAGUACCAGUCUCAAAACUCUGCAUGGCUUCCCUUCGUCCGCUGUCAAGCGUGCGUUUGUCAACCGAUCAACAAUGCAGCCCGAGAGUCUGAUAUGAACUCUUAUUACGAUUACGAACGUGAUGUGAAAUCGUCGGGCUUGUUUGUGUCCCUGGGAAUGACGUCGUAAGACUACACAGCAACUGACAGAUGGAAGUGGCGGGGAGAAACCAAAUUUCGCGCGCGAACAGAGGGAGAAGAUAAUCGAGUCGAGAACAAUCGUUCACUGUUGUGUCUUCUUUUUGGUGUUUUUCGCGCCUCGCCGUGCCGCGCUUUGUGAACUAACUGUAUGGGGAAGUGAAGGGCGGGAGGGACUGUUUGUCCUCCAUGGAUACGAAGUAGGAUGAGGGAGUGGGCGAGUGGUCUUUGGCCACCCGCGGAAGAGAGAGAGAGAGAGAGAGAGAGAGAGAGAGAGAGAGAGAGAGAGAGAGAGAGAGAGAGAGAGAGAGAGAGAGAGGGUCCGUUUGCGGCGACGGUGUAUUCUACUUGGCGGGCAUCGUCGUCCGAGCGACGGAUCCUCUCCUCUCCCUUCCUGCUCUCGACGCCUUAUUCGUUUCCGUUCUGCUCUGUCUUGGGCUCUCCUUAGCCUUCUCUGAACCCAUUGUCUUUGGCCAAGGUUCCACCUACAUGUAUUCUCCAUCCCUGACCGUCGAUCUCAGAAAUGGAUGGUUAGAUAUGAACAACUUAGGCCAGUGGGGGACGUAGACCUUUCUCUCCUUCUCAGUCAUCCGUCCGUCCGUCUUUCCCUACACUACUUACCUCUUCCCCCUACCUCCCCCCUCCGCGCCUUCCCCUCCUUUCUCUCGUUCCACCCUUCUUCAUCCUUGUCUUCUCUUCUCGACUCCUGUACUCCUUAGUCCUUCUCUCUCCCCCCUCCCCCAAAGUUAUCCUCCUCUCUGUCUUUCUCCCCUACUUCCCGCCUUCCCUCUCUCUCUCUCUCUCCCUCUCUCUCCUCUCACCUGCUUGCCUCUUCUUUAUCUCAUCAUUGACUUCCCGCUUCUCGUUCUUGCUUUUGCAAAAUGAGCAAUCUUUCCAAUUUGCUCUAUCUGCUGGAGCCGGCGUCUUUGGCGCUGAUGUCGACGGCCAUGUUUGUCGUAUUAGCCUCGGCGCAAAGGGCGUUGACUUUCGAAAAGGAGUCGGAGCGGCACAGAGAGAAGUCGGAGAGCCACAUCACUCUGGACAGCUCCCAAGCACUGAUGAUUCCUAUAGCAAGCUCCUGCAGCCUGCUUGUGAUGUUUUAUUUGUUUACCUCUGUCUCUCAACUAGUGAUGGCGUUCACAGCAGUCGCGUCGGCUUCGUCGUUGGCCUUCUGCUUAGCGCCGUAUGUCACACAGUUUGUCACACAAGUGGGAGCGACGGACUCCACCGUCGCUCGUUGCCCCUGCGGCGGAGGGGUCACUAAGUCUCAGGUCUUGCUCAUCGGUCUCUCUAGUUUUGUCGUUCUCUGCUGGUUAGUCUCUGGCCAUUGGGUUUUGAAUAAUUUGCUAGGAAUAGCAAUCUGUAUAGCAUUUGUUAGUCAUGUCCGAUUACCUAACAUCAAGAUCUGCGCUCUUUUGCUCGCCUGCCUCUUCGUAUACGAUGUGUUCUGGGUCUUCUUCUCCGAGUCCUUCUUCGGCGCCAAUGUUAUGGUGUCCGUCGCCACACAGCAGGCGUCUAAUCCCGUGCACACGGUCGCACACACCCUUAACCUCCCCUUACCCAAUACCAUUACCAAGAAGUUGGAUCUGCCGGUGAAACUAGUCUUCCCCAGAGCGUUCUUAGGAGGAUCGGUGCUGGGCAGUCCGGGCGCUGAGUUCAUGAUGCUAGGCCUCGGGGACAUGGCAAUUCCAGGCAUGCUGCUAGCGCUGGUUCUUUGUUUUGAUUAUCGAAAAAUUAGGGAGUAUUCCGAAAUGGAUUUGCCCUCCCGGCGAUAUACGUACAUCUGGUAUGCUGCUAUUGGCUAUGGCGUUGGACUGGUCCUUGCUCUUGCAGCAGGCGUGCUCACCCGAUCGCCCCAACCAGCUCUUCUCUACCUGGUGCCGUCUACACUUGGGCCUGUGGCUUUUGGUGCAUGGAUGAGGAGAGAGUUAGAUGAGCUUUGGAACGGUUCCAAGCCGUAUGCAAUCAUUAUGGGAGCCUGAGUUUUAACAGGCUACUUCAUAUGUCUUGCAAGGCACGGGUCUCUUUUUGUUGUGCCUUUUGUCGCCUGCCAAGCAUGCGCGCAUGCUUUGGUCCGACUUCGGGGAGCUGUUCCGUUCUGCUAGAAGUGCAUGCUGGGCAGGCCCACCACCGGCUUCUUGCCUGCUUCCCUGCCUCCCUGCCUCUUGCCUAUCGAAUGCGCGUCCAACGGAAACAACUCCAGCACAGCAAGUAUUGAAAGCAGCAUUGGACAGAACCGACCACGCCCUCUCGCUUUACCUUUGUGUGACUCCCAAAGGGUGUACGCUCACGAGGAGGCUAUCGGGAACGCACUGGACCAUACUUUCAUGGCGUUUCAUGCUCAUUCAUAUUGAUUUGGUGGAUUUGGUCUGAGUGUGCUUCCGGACACUGUCGUAAAUUUCACUGUGGCUUGGGAGGAAGGAACACUCCUUGUGGAGUUGUAGUCUUGCAGAGGAUGGUGAGCGCUGCACAAUGAUGUGAGUGGCAGCAUGCACACUGCCCGAGGGCAGAUGGCAGCUGUAAUGCGUUAUCGGUUGAAUACUCGAGCUUGGCUGUUGAUGAGCGAUGAGCGACUGCUUGUGCUGUUGCAUCAACGAGCUUCUCACACCGGAUGCGCAUUGUCAGAGAAUUGUCCUGUCAAUUCAUUUCAGAAAUAUCUGGACUACUGUGUAACCAGGCGGAAUUCCGGGGACGGUACACCGCUCUUCUGACGAAAAGGCGAGUUGUUGACAUCACGUUAACUUCCAAGCGUGUUGACGACUUCAGCCACUUCUAGAGUCUGUGCAUGGAAUUAGCUUGCGUUCGCAAGACGAAUGCACAAGCAUCUGGGUUGAUGAUGACAUUAUUGCUAUUGCUUAUUUGUGAACCGGGGGCUCAAGAAUGUGAGGUGCGAAUAUGACUGCGUCUCUUUUGCUGCUGUUGCCCUAUCAAACAGUGCUUUGCAAGACCGCCAAGGGAAGGAAGGGGAAUCGGUGCUUUCUUCUUAAGCGUGUUCUGGAUGGCGCUGGUGAAGGUGCUUCUCAGGGUGGUUUGCAGUCAAGCGCUGCAAAGGCUGCGGAAUUGGUCCUCGACCGAAGACAAUGGAGACGAGGGUGGUUGCUGCAGCGCCUUUGGAACUGGUUUCUUUGGAAGAGUGUCGUGAAUGGCGGUAAAGAGCUGGCAGGGUUGUUUGCACCCGAGUUCAUUCAGCAGGGGCUGCAAUUGCUCCGGUCCUCCUCGACAGAAGAAGGCGGUCCUCCUCGACAGAAGAAGGAAGGUAAUACAGAGAAAGUACACAGGCCUCUAUUUGCGAACAGAGGAUGGGGAUGGGAACAUGCUCAUAGGUAAUGGAAAAAGGCUUGUGGCAGGUCAAAACAGCUUAUGCGCGUGUCGAUCCAGCUAGAACAGAAACUCAUCGACUGCACUUUAUGGCGCGUCAAGAUGAGAAUUCUAUUCAUUGCCAAGCACGGUGCUUGGGAGGAAGCAGGAGCCAAGAAAGGUGUUGAUCUGUGGAUUCUGUGAGGAGCGUUUGUCACUUGCCCGGGUCCUGAAAAAGUGGCACCUACUACAGCAUCGCCGGACGCACGUGUGUGUCAUAGGUGUACCGGAGUGGAGUAAGCGGAAUGGGAACACCUCAGGUGUUGAUCAGUGGUAUUAUGAUUCGUUCGUGGAAAUAGAUGUGUGUUUGGGCACAUAGUUCGAACCUCCUGUGGGAGGCUGUUUAUAGCUAACAGCGUUAACGAUACUUCUGCUGGUCUAUUUUUUGGUAGACCUUGCUUUGCAUCUACUGGUGAAGGGGGGGAGGGGGAGGGGGGGGGGAGGAGAGGGAGGGAGCCAGUAUAUGGUGGUAGAACUUGAAAGCAGCAUUCGUCUAAUAGGUUGCCUGCAGAAUCAAGGAAGCUGCUGAGC